GGAGUGUUGAAUAGGUAGUGUAUCAAGGUACACGUGGCUGAAGUCGAUAUAAGGGUAGAGUCCACGCUUGGUUAAUAUCUAAUUUGUGUAUUGGUUGGUGUGAAUGAGAAUAGAGACACUAAAUAGGAAAUGUCGAGAUGUUUAUAUCAAUUAUAGCCAACGACAUGAACUCCGCAUCCACGGCACUUUCGGCCUCACGGAAACGAGACUUGCUUACAAUGCCGCGAGAAGAAAAGUAAAAAAAAACUUCAUUGUCAAAUUCCUAUCGCUUACUCUAGCAACCACCAUUUCGGGCUCGGCCCAGUGCAUAAGCCCGCGGCGUGGAAGUUGAGGAUGACGGAUGACUCGGUAUUGCCAUGUAACUCGUUCCGCGCGAGAGGGUACCGAGAAAUUUACGGGUAGAUCCAAUUGCAAUUACAGGAUAUGGGGCAUCGCUGAUUCAAGCAUGGCACGCCAUGAACAACGGGCCCGGUAGUGGCAUGUGGAUGUAAGAGCCUCCAAGGGCGCAAACUCCGAGUAAUUGAUUCCGUCAUGAUUUUUCAAUGCAUGUCUCUCAGAAAUAUCUUUCAGAAUGUCUAAAGACUGGCACCGACUUUUACUGAAGGGUUGGUUAAUGUGUCAAGUCAAUCAAUUGCACUCAGCCACGAAGACAGCACCACGUCAAACAAGAUGCCACAGACACACAUCCAAAGCCAAGGCCUUAUUGCCGUCAGACGUUCAGGUCCUAAGCUUGGCCUCACCCAGAAGCGCCCAAACAAGCAAGGGAUGGCUGCCGUUUGCCGUCUGGGCAUGCCUCUACGUAUCGCCAGAAGUACCAGAUACGUCAACGUGUGAUACAAAUUUAGGACCAGGUGUUGAUUCCGUGACAUCAGAAGGGUCGCUGUAGAUUUUCACAGCGCCAGGCCUCUCUUCAGUAGACUCUCCCGCCCCCGGAUGCGCGGGGCCGCACGGAGCUGGUGAUUGGAGGUCGGUGGAGAUGCUCCGGAAUUGGCUUGGUAGUGCAGCCAAGACCAAUGACAUAUUCUAAACCCAUCGGCGAUUGACGAUAAUCAAACCGUUGAUUUUCAUGUUUCAGUGCCCUUGUGUCCGUUUUAUAACCUGUAUUUCUGAAUAUCAUUUCAUCCAAGACUCUGUAAUGGCUACAACCUACCUACCUGUCGAUGGUGAGUAGGGUAAAAUCAGGGGCUGAUGACCAGGUUUGUUUACGAGAGAUUGUCGGUGACUGACUUGACGUUAAUCCAGAUGAAAUGAAAUGCCAAACGGAAUCUUUGGUUGAUUACGUUGUACAGUACCUCAGCUAGCCAAAUCAAGAGAACAUUCUCGUAUCUACGGACUCCUUCGUGGUUAAU